GUGUAAACCAGAAACGAGAAGGACGACAUGGAAAUCGAUAGAUUCGAGUUAGGUGCUGUGGCCUAGUUGUGGUGCUGGUAACAUGUGGAAGACAAUGGACUUCACCCCGCUGCCAUCGGAGUUGGAGGAGCUGAUACUGUGCAGCUGCUGCCACCUGCCGUUCAACGAUACGGAUGCAGUGCCGAAGCUGUUCUCCUGCCGGCACUAUUUCUGCCUGAAAUGCGUCAACCAGGUGCUCAUGAAGGGUACCGAGCUGUACUGUGUGCACUGCUGGAAGCGAACGGAGCUCAGCGGACCGGACAUGAAGCCGGAAAAUCUGCCGACGCAUAAUGCCAUUCUGUACCUGUCGCAGAACUUGAGUAUGAUUUCGAGCGGAAGUGCCACUAGUAGUGGAGGUACCGCUGCAGGAACCAGCACAGGAAGUGUCAACGGUGGAGGCAACAAAAAGCCCCCCGACAAGAGUGGAACGAACGGAACGACGGCCACGAGUAGUGCCAGUAGUGUUAUAAGCGGAACUAGCGCAACGAGUGUAACGAACGGAAACUCGGCUGCCAACGGGAACAUCGGUUUAGGUAGUAAUAGUGCGGGUGCGGCUGGUGCUGGAGCGAUCGGAUCGGGAAAAUAUAGAAAUAAGGGCGAAAACUGUAUGACACACGCGAUGCCGAAUGCGUUGUGGUGUCUCAAAUGUAACAUAAUCCUAUGCCGAGCCUGUGCUAGCACGGAAGAACAUCGGAAUCACACUGUCAAGACCCAGGCGGAGGCACGCGACCAGAUCCGUUCCGAUAUUGCAUCGGAUCUGCUGUUGAUGCAAAAGUCUCUCUCCGAGUUGCAGCAUUUUGUAUUCAAGCAACGUGAUUUCCUGCUCAAAAUCCUCGAAGCAUGUACAGCGUUGAAGACUCAGGUCGAAACUGAACUGAUCAACCAUCUGCCCACGUUCGAAGUGGCAGAAAUACGAAGUAAUCUUACAAAAGCGAAACUUUUCCUUAGCAUGCUCGACCAGCAAUCUCCGGCAGACGCGUACAAAUUGUACGCUAAUCUCAAUAGAAAACAACGGCUACAGUCCAAGUAUCAGGAGAUGUAUCUCCAAUGCAAGCUCGACGAUCUGAUACAACACUACGGUAUACUGUUUGACUUCGAGUUGAUCAAACAAGCGCUAUCGAACCUGAACACAAUCGAUCCGAUCUCGUUCGGAAACGGUGCCAUUGGUGGGCUGGGAUUGACCGCCGGCGGUACCACUAUCAAUGGGCACCACAAUUCCAUACUGCUACUUGCCAAUUACUGUAUCUCGCAACUGUAUUCACGCCACAUUUUAACCACCAAACAUCACCAACAAUCGCAGCACAUCGAUACUAAUACAUUAGGCUACGCAAUAUCCUCCCCCUCGCAAACAAACCCCGGAAGCGGAGUCCCACAUUCACCCAACCACAGCGGAAUCCUGACGGGACCACCGGGGAUGCCACAGCCUCCACACUCCGGAUCAUAUGCAAGUCAAUUGAACGAUAUGGCGGCAAUCAUCAUUGCACCUCCCAUGCACCAAACAGGAAGCCGAACCGAUGGCACGAACUCGGCCCGUACGUCCGGUUCCGGUUCGACAUACCUGAGUGAAAUCCUCAACGGUAGUUCCAUGCAGCAUUUGCAUCAACAUUCCGGAUCUUCCCAGCAUCAGCCGCUGACGCCUCCGGGCCAUCCCCUUUCCUCAUCUUCCUCCAGCGUGGUUUCGCUAGUUCCUUCAACCGCACAGCAACAGGUACAGAAGCAAGUCCAGGCGGCAGCGGUCGCAUCGUCACUGCUGUGCAAUCCAUCGCUGCACGUCUAUCCGAUCUACUUCUUCAACAUCGAAAUCAACGGCCAACCGUUCGGCCGGAUUUUGAUCGAAGUGCGCAACGACGUGGCCCCCAAAAUGGCCAAGAACUUUGGUGCCCUGGCGUCCGGUGAUUUGGGAUUCGGCUACAAGGGCUGCAGCAUCUUCCAGUGCUGGGAGAACGAGAGCAUCAUCACCGGGGACUUUGAGCUGAACAACGGCCGCGGUGGCCGGUCGGUGUUCGAGGAGGGAUUCUUCAUGCCGGACGAUACCAAAAUUUUGGCGAUCCGUGGAUCGGUUGGAAUGCGCCGGAGCCAGAAGCGUCACGACAACAUGGGCCUGGUCGGGUCCCAGUUCCGCAUCAUAUUGCGGGAGAUGCGCGGCUUCACCGGAAUUUUCGCGUUCGUGGUGGAAGGGCUGGACCUGGUGGAGAAGAUCAGCCAGGCGGGCGAUUCGGCCGGGAAGCCGCAGAGCAAUGUGCUGAUUGUUAAUUGUGGUAAAUGGCAGUAAAUGAGCCGCUGGGGAAAGAAGAUUCGGGAUUUUGUUUUCGGGGGAUUUUAUGAUAGCUAGUGGUUAAGUUAUCGAUUGUCUCUUAUUAUCGUCCUUUAUACACUAUGUGGGUUAUGAUUUGUUAGUUUAAAUACGUAGCUAGAAGCAGGCUGUUGUUAGAUUUUACGUUUUUUAAUGAAAUAUUCACUAGUUUCGAGUAUUAGUGCAUUUAGUUACUAAGGGCGUUACACCUUUUACGGAUAUUUGGCGGCUACCCUAUCGUAGGGAUAUCAAUUUGAGCUGCACGAGAGGGAAGUGUUUUUGUUGGGUUAUAGGUUAGUGGAGUAGAGAGUAUCGCAAAUACGACGAUCAAUUUGAAUUUGGUGUCUCAUUCACGGUAGAAAUUGUGAUUGAAAUUAUUGAUUAUGAAUGUUGACUAGAAUUGAAUCUGCCUAGAGUUCACGGGUAUCUUAAA